GUCAUACGAUACCAGACCCUCUUGUCUCUGAUGCUUUCUAGUCAGACUAAGGAUGCUGUAACAAGUGCAGCAAUGGAGAAGUUGAAAGCUCAUGGAUGCACAGUAGAAAACAUCCUGGCAACACCUGACGAAAAAAUUGGAGAACUGAUUUUCCCCGUGGGUUUCUGGAAAAAAAAAAUUGGUUACAUCAAGAAAGCCACCAAGAUAUGCCAAGAACAGUACAACAGCGAUAUCCCCUCUUCAAUCAAGGGGUUGGUUUCUUUACCUGGAGUUGGUCCUAAAAUGGCUUAUAUUUGUAUGAAUGUUGCAUGGGAGAAGUUAACUGGAAUCGGAGUUGAUACUCAUGUUCAUAGGAUAUGUAAUAGGCUUGGAUGGGUGAAGAAGCCUACAAAAUUACCUGAGGAAACUAGAUUAGCUGUAGAGGAAUGGCUGCCAAGGGAAGAAUGGAGUGACCUAAAUGUGUUGCUAGUAGGGUUUGGUCAACAGACAUGCCAGCCGGUCAAACCAAAGUGUAUUACAUGUCUAAACUGUAAAAUAUGUCCAGAAGGAAGAAGACAGACUAAAGGAAAAGCAGUUGGGUGAACUUAAGGAUCUAAAACCUUUAAAUAUACCAUUAAGAAAUGAAAAAAUGUUUUUAGUUGAGAAGAUGUAAAUAUUAGACAGAUUCUACACAGAAACCAAAAAUAGUUUUUGUCUUAAACUUGCUAGUACUUGAGGACUGCACUGUUAUAAAAAGUUUGCUAGAAAACCAUAUUGACAAGACCUUAAAUUAAAAUUGUUGAGUGAGUGGAUUCAAUCAUCUUGCUCAUAGUUUUAUAUAAUUUUUUAGAACCAAAUACAAGUAAGCUAAUUGCAGUAACAGGUCAUAUGAACCACUACUCCACCUUAAUCCUUGUUUUUAGUUAAAGCUUUUACAGUUAUAAUCUUAACUAAUCUGAAGCGUUAUCUUUUUGUUGUCUUGUGGUUAGAAAAUAAAUUCUGAUUUGCCAAAGAACAAUAGAACAGUCCUAGAAUAUUUCUAGGUGCCUACAAUAUUUUGAUUAGCACUGUAAUUGUGACGUCACUUGUAUGGCAAAAUGAUUUCUAAGUCCAAAUAAACUAAAAGCAAAUCUAUAAA